GCACUCUCCGCGCACUGUGCGCGGCGCUCCUGCUCCCCUGCGGACGCCUGCUGCCCUGCAGAUAAAUGCGUCUUCUUCCUCGAGAGUGAGCGAGGGCUGGCGAGGCAGACGCAGUCGCCGCCUGUGACAGUGGCAAUUCCCUGCGCCCCACAUCACAUUUGUCUGCCAUAGCAGCAACAACAGAAAAGCGGUGGGAGGUGGGAAGAGGGGAGCAGAGCUCCGCAAGUCCAGGGUUCUGCGUGGAGGCUGCGUUUGGCUAGGGUCCCCGACCCCGGGCGUUUUGCACCGCAACUCUCUGUGCGCAGCGCGGAGCGGCAGCCGACACUCCGUGGCGCGACUCCGAGGCUCUUGGCGAGCGCUCGUGGCCGAGUGGCUGCGGACACUCUGGCCUCGCAAGGGAAGCCGCGCGGAUCCCUUGCCCUCUCGCCUCGCGGGCGGGCCAAGACGACGCGAAGUUUUACUUGCAGCUCAGAGCCGGAGGCGGAUGGUGGGACUCUCCGUCCCUGUGCAGUAAAAGAUUGAUCUCUGGGCUGGUGAACAUAAUAUCUGUCCCAGUCAGAAAAGGAGAGGAGAUUAGCAGAGCGAUUGGUGGAGAAUGAUAUCUGUCAAAAGAAACACUUGGAGAGCACUGAGUUUAGUAAUAGGUGACUGCCGGAAAAAAGGGAACUUUGAAUAUUGUCAAGAUCGGACUGAGAAGCACUCCACGAUGCCAGACUCACCUGUGGAUGUGAAGACUCCGUCCAGGCUGACUCCUCCCACUAUGCCACCUCCCCCAACCACUCAAGGAGCCCCAAGAACUAGUUCAUUCACACCGACAACAUUAACUAAUGGCACAAGCCAUUCACCCACAGCCUUGAAUGGUGCCCCCUCACCGCCCAAUGGCUUUAGCAAUGGGCCUUCCUCUUCUUCCUCUUCUUCUCUGGCUAAUCAACAGCUGCCCCCAGCCUGUGGUGCCAGGCAACUCAGUAAGCUGAAACGAUUCCUUACUACCCUGCAGCAGUUUGGCAAUGACAUUUCACCAGAGAUAGGCGAGAGAGUCCGCACCCUCGUACUAGGACUAGUGAACUCUACUUUGACAAUUGAAGAAUUUCAUUCCAAGCUGCAAGAAGCUACUAACUUCCCACUACGGCCUUUUGUCAUCCCAUUUUUGAAGGCCAACUUGCCCCUGCUGCAGCGCGAGCUCCUCCACUGCGCACGGCUGGCUAAACAGAACCCUGCCCAGUACCUCGCCCAGCAUGAACAGCUGCUUCUGGAUGCCAGCACCACCUCACCUGUUGACUCCUCAGAGCUGCUUCUCGAUGUAAACGAAAACGGGAAGAGGCGAACUCCAGACAGAACCAAAGAAAAUGGCUUUGACAGAGAGCCUUUGCACUCAGAACAUCCAAGCAAGCGACCAUGCACUAUUAGCCCAGGCCAGCGGUACAGUCCAAAUAAUGGCUUAUCCUACCAGCCCAAUGGCCUGCCUCACCCCACCCCACCUCCACCUCAACAUUACCGUUUGGAUGAUAUGGCCAUUGCCCACCACUACAGGGACUCCUAUCGACACCCCAGCCACAGGGACCUCAGGGACAGAAACAGACCUAUGGGGUUGCACGGCACACGUCAAGAAGAAAUGAUUGAUCACAGACUAACAGACAGAGAAUGGGCCGAGGAAUGGAAACAUCUUGACCAUCUGUUAAACUGCAUAAUGGACAUGGUAGAGAAAACAAGGCGAUCUCUCACUGUACUAAGGAGAUGUCAAGAAGCGGACCGGGAAGAACUGAAUUACUGGAUCCGGCGGUAUAGUGAUGCUGAGGACUUAAAAAAGGGCAGCAGCGGUAGCAGCAGCCAUUCCAGGCAGCAGAGUCCUGUUAACCCAGACCCAGUUGCAUUAGAUGCACAUCGGGAAUUCCUUCACAGGCCUGCUUCUGGAUAUGUGCCAGAGGAGAUCUGGAAGAAAGCUGAGGAGGCUGUUAACGAGGUGAAGCGCCAGGCGAUGACUGAGCUGCAAAAGGCCGUGUCCGAAGCUGAGCGGAAAGCCCACGACAUGAUUACGACAGAGCGUGCCAAGAUGGAGCGCACGGUCGCAGAGGCCAAGCGGCAGGCAGCAGAGGACGCGCUCGCUGUCAUCAAUCAGCAGGAGGAUUCCAGCGAGAGUUGCUGGAAUUGUGGCCGUAAAGCUAGUGAAACCUGCAGCGGCUGUAACACAGCCCGAUACUGUGGCUCAUUUUGCCAGCACAAAGACUGGGAAAAGCACCACCACAUCUGUGGACAGACCCUGCAGGCCCAGCAGCAGGGGGACACGCCUGCGGUCAGCUCCUCCGUCACGCCCAACAGUGGGGCUGGGAGCCCGAUGGACACACCACCAGCAGCCACCCCAAGGUCAACUACUCCGGGGACCCCUUCCACCAUAGAGACAACCCCUCGCUAGAUGUAAACUGAAAACUGUCAGAGGAAAGACAACACAACCAACAUGAAACCAAUUCCUCAUCCUCAGAUGCUCAAAGUUGUUUUUUUUGUUUGUUUGUUUAUAGACGAACUAUCCUAUUUCAGUACUUCAUCAAAAGAUACAGUACUAACCGUAUCUUGAGGUAGUAGUAAAAUAGAAGGCCAGUAACAGGUCGUAAUGACUUAUUGUGGAUAACAAAGAUACCUUUUCCUUAGAGAACUGAAAAGAGAGCAGAAAAUAUAACAUGAAAUGAUAGAUUUGACCUCCUCCCUGUUAUUUUCCAGUAGCUGGGAUUUUAAACUAGAUGACCUCAUUAACCGAUGCUUUACCAAACAGCAAACCAAGAGAUUGCUAAUUGCUGUUGAAAGCAAAAUGCUAAUAUUAAAAGUCAUAAUGUUCCUGAUAUAUAAUAAUGGGGGGAAAAAAGAGGAAAACCCUCAAGGGCAUGAGCAUUGGCUACAGCAGUAGACAUUUUAACAAGAAGAUGAAUGGCAUCCAUGGAUUGCUAACUGAACUUCGAAGACCCGCUACGAAACACACAAAUGUGUAGCAUAUUGGAAGGAGAAACAGAUACUCAGUUUUUUCCCCUGUUUCUAAAAAGAAUGAUAUCCAGGUCAACAGAAUGAAAAAUGAAAGGAUGUUUGCACUGGGAUGCAUGAAUACAGCAGCAAGGAAAAAAAAAAUGCCAUAAUACAAGAGGCUCCUUUACACACACACACACACACACACACACACACACACACACACACACACACACACACACACACACACGUUAAGAAACAGCCUGCAGUUAAUUAGCAUUCUGACAGCUUUGACAUCAGCCAGCUGCCCUAAAUAACCCUUUAACGUUUCUUCACUUUUGUAAGGUUCCACAGAGUAAGACAUUGGGUCUAUUCCAGCUCAUUCAUUUUAUAUUGAAAAAUAAUUUUCAAAAAAUGGUGGCUCCAGCCCCAGCCCCUUUCCAAAUUUUUUCAACCUCACCCUGUUUGGAUUUUUAAUUAAAAACUAGUAGUUCUCUUGGUGUUAAAACACUUCUGUCCUGUGAGGUUUCAAAUGGUGUUUUUCUUGUAAAUGUGUUGGACAAAUGUGAAGAUGCAUUGUAGUUUAACCAUAUGCCCACAUUUAGUCUCUUUAUUACUAGUUGGUGAGAACCUGUAUCUUUCUAUGCUGCUUUUAUAUCUGUAUGUAUUAGUGAUAUUUCUCUAAUAGUUCAGGGGGGAAAAAAGGGAGGGGGGACUUUUUUGGUUGUCCUCAAGAAAAAAAAAAAGGCUAUCUUUCGGAGCUGCUAUUUCAUUCUCUAUAGGAUUUUUUUUCCCCUAAAAACCAGCAUGCUUCACGGAAUGCUAACAUAUUGGUGUUUUUGUAAGAGGGAAUGUAUAUAAAUGUAUUUUGCACUGUCACAAUGACUCCCUAGGCAUGCUUUUUUUUUCAGCAAACUUUUUGAAUAUGCUAGAGCCAUUUCACCAAGUUUUGCUGUAGCAUCGAAUAGUAGUGGAAUUUUUCUUUUUUUUUAGAUAUCAUUAUUUGGGACUUUCUUUUUAAAAAGUAACAAGAUAUCCUACUUAAAAAUAAACGACAGUGCAUGCAUAUUGCUGUAAGGUUGUUUCAGUAGUUCUAAUUUUACAAAAAAAAAAAAAAAUCAUUAGAGUUCCAAAUGCUGAGGUGUAGACUGACAGCUUUAACACUGCUGAAUGCCAGGUUAUACAGUAUUCUUACAAAAAGGGAAGUCAGCCAAAGACUGAUCUGAUGGACCAAAAUCAGAAUUUUGAAAAGCACCAGUACUACUUUCCAAAUGAUCAGCAGGUUAAACAUGUUCAGUCAGGUAUAGUGUAAAUUCAUUAACCUUUCGUUGUCCAGGGUCCAGACCAGAACUACUUAUUAGUUUUGUAAACAGUAGCCCAAAUGUGGUUGUGUGCUUUAGGGAAAGUCAGCAGUGCUGCAGGCAGUGUAGACAACCAAAGUUUUCCAGGCUGGGAAGACACUACUCCACAUAGAUAAACACACCAGGCAUUUAUUGAAAAAUCUAAAAUGAUCCAUUAGAUUUUUUUUUUUUUGGAUGUAGCCCUUGGAUAGAGUUUUAAAUGGCUUUUAAGUAUCUGCAUAAAGGCAAUCCAAAAUCUACAUUAAGUCUCUUAAACCUAACUUUUUAGCAUUUUUCUCCUGUAUUUUCAUAUUCAAGUUGGUUUUAAUUUUGUUUCGGUGCUGUGUUUUCUAAAUGGCUUUUUAGUUUAGAAAGUUCUGAUGAGCAAAUAAAUACAUCUAUCUGCAUGUUAGAAGUCUCUGCCAGCACACCUACUUAAAGUGAAAUGAAAGCACAUAACUAGGCUCUGAAUGGUUUAUAUUUUAUCAUGGUGCUCCCAGAAUCUUUUGACCUCACUCUGAUUUCUAGUCUGCUUAUGACACUGGACAGUCCUUUCUUACAGAGCUAUUAUAUGCUCUAGGCUACGAAGGGUUAAAUAAUCCCAAAAAUGAGGUAUGUCAUACCCACACGUCUUUAUCUCUAGAAGCUGUGAUGUAUGUGAAACAGCACUGUUAUUCUUACCACUAGUGUGUAAAAUAAUGAUUAGUACAG